AUGCCGAUGAGUCGUACACCCACAAAAGGUGGUCAACAAAUGGACAAAAGUAGUGAAGAAUCGAAAGGAUUUAAAGGGUUUGAAGACGAUUCAACAGUGAGUGAUAGCAAAGCCAUGGAAAAAUUGGUUCCUCUAUUCCGGCAGCGGAAUCAAGUAAUGCAGAAGGUGUCCCGUAUGCACGAUGCCGUUGAAAAUGAAGAGGCACCUGUGACGCUGGCGCAGUUAAAAGUGUUUUCAAAGAAACUGCAGUCUGCAUACGAUGAAUUUUCGGGGUUUCACAGUCAGAUUAUUGCAGCCGUUCCAGAAAACGAAAUGAAUGGGCAGGAAGAGGAGUAUAUUUUAUUCGAGGAACUGUUCGAUGAGACGUCUGCCAUAGUCGAGUCACUCCUCAUACGAAUGGAGAAGCCACAAGUUCCAUUGUCAUCAAGCCCGCAAGUGAUUGUCCAUCAACAGCCAUUGAAAGCACCUAUCCCGACUUUCGAUGGUGAUUACGCGAAGUGGCCAAAGUUCAAGGCCAUGUUCCAGGACGUCAUGGCUCAAUCGCGAGAUUCGGACGCGAUCAAGCUAUACCAUCUGGAUAAGGCCCUCAUCGAUAAAGCUGCAGGGGUGUUGGACGCAAAAACCAUUAACGAGGCCAAUUACGAGCACGCUUGGAGAAUAUUGACCGAGCGUUAUGAAAACAAACGUAUUAUAGUGGAGACGCACAUUCGCGGUCUUUUAACACUGCCGAAAAUGGAAACCGAAUCCCAUACAGAACUUCGACACCUACUAGACAAAUGCAAUAAUCAUGUCGAGAGUCUCGAAUAUUUGAAGCAAGAAUUGAUUGGUGUAUCGGAACUAAUGGUUAUUUAUCUCCUGACGUCAGCAUUGGACAAAGCCACCCGCAAGCAUUGGGAACAGACGAUGAAGCCGGGGGAAUUGCCGAACUACAACUUAACAAUUAGUUUCCUGAAAUCCCAGUGCCAAGUUUUAGAAAGGUGCGAAAAUGCUCAUUAUCCUUCGUAUCCGAAGAAGACAAUAACUACCACUAAAGGAGUGAGUCAUCGAUCCUAUGCAGCUACGUCAAUUCAGGAGCCACCUACCGACAAGUGCGAUUUUUGUAGUGAACAGCAUCGUAACUUCCAGUGCAACAAACUUAACGCCAUGUCCGCAUCGGAGAAGAUCGAAAAGGUUCGUUCUGCGGGCGUGUGUUUCAACUGCCUGCGGAAAGGUCACAGAUCCAAGGAGUGUCCAUCACCAAGGAGCUGUCGCAAAUGCCAGAGACGUCAUCAUACACAGCUGCACGAAGACGAAGUAACGUCGAACGUGAAUUACAACUCUAAAAGUGAAACUUGCACAUCGAAGAUAACUCUUGUCGACGAAGAUUUAACAACGAAGCAGUCAAAUGAAACAAACGUGCUCAGCACUUGUUCCUGCAACCACGCCAGAACAACGAAAACAGUAUUGCUUCUCACCGCUGUCGUUCUGGUUAUGGACAAAGAUAAACAACCACAUCAAUGCCGCGUCUUGCUUGAUAGUGGGUCUCAGGUCAAUUUCCUGACCGAACGGAUGGCCAACAUACUUGGCAUUCCGAAACAACGAGCCAGUGUACAGAUCGCUGGAAUUAAUAACCUCAGAACCAUCGCACGAGAUAAAGUGGAAGUAGAUUUCCAAUCGAGAUGCAGCGAAUACCGCGCCAGACUGGAAUGCUUAGUGACGCCGGAAAUAACCGGAAAGAUCCCAUCUGUAUUGAUAAACGUCGAAGAAUGGAACAUUCCGACUAACAUCAUGCUUGCAGAUCCGAACUUCUUCAAACCUGAACAAAUCGACAUGCUUAUAGGAAUGGAGCUUUUUUUCAAUCUGUUGAAGCCUGAUCACAUCACUAAUGACGAAAACAUCCCCGAUUUACGAGACUCGCAUCUGGGAUGGCUGGUCACAGGAACUGUGAGCAGCAACGUAAAUACCCUAUAUUCGCAAGUGGCAUCAGUCGAAUCGAUUGAGGAAUCGAUGCAGAAAUUUUGGCAGGUCGAAGAAUUAGCAGAUACUACUACAUUUUCAUCCGAAGAACAACGCUGCGAAGAACAUUUCGUAUCCACACAUUCCCGUGACGUUAGCGGAAGGUUUGUAGUGAGACUUCCGCUCAAAGAAAAUGCAGCCGAACUGGAAAGUUGCCGAGCUUUGGCAUUAAAGCGAUUUUUCAUGCUAGAGAGCCGAUUUCUUCGAAACCCAGAACUGAAGAUGCAGUAUGUGGAUUUUAUUCGCGAAUAUCGACUACUCAAUCAUUGUCGACAAGUGGACGAAUCGAAGGACAACCCGUUGCUGAAGUCAUACUAUAUGCCUCAUCAUGCAGUACUCCGACCCGAUAGCUCUAGUACCAAAUGUAGAGUUGUUUUUGAUGCCAGUGCCAAACCAUCACCAACAAGCGUGUCUCUCAACGAUGCACUCCUAGUCGGACCGGUCGUCCAGAACGAGUUGUUCGCAAUAAUGUUGCGGUUCCGGAAACAUCGGUACGUAUUCACCGCAGAUAUAUCAAAAAUGUAUCGACAGAUUCAAGUGCAUCCCGAUGAUGCCCGCUACCAACGGAUAUUUUGGCGCGAGAACUCAACUGACUGCCUUCAAGUUCUGGAAUUAACAACCAUAACCUAUGGCACCGCAUCCGCGCCAUUCCAAGCAACUAGGAGUUUGGUCCAGCUGGCGCGAGACGAACGCGAGAAAUUUCCUGUCGCUGCUGAUAUCAUACUAAAGGACACAUACGUAGAUGAUCUGCUUUCCGGAUCCGAAACAAUUGAAGGAGCCAUCGAUGCAUUUCACCAGUUGAAGGCGAUGCUGGAAACUGCUGGAUUUCCGAUUCACAAAUGGUGCUCAAACUCGUCAAUAAUGUUGGGACAAAUACCGUUGGGAGAGCAAGAAACACCGAAGCCCAUCGAAGAACGAAAGGUAAACAAUGCAGUCAAAAUUCUCGGCCUACUAUGGGAGCCAACUUCUGACGAGUUUCUCCUUGCUGGUAAAAUUACAUCCGAUUUCCGUCCACCUGCUACAAAACGAAAAAUAUAUUCUGAGGUGGCCAAGCUGUUCGAUCCUUUAGGCUUGUUUUCACCGACGAUAGUUCAAGCCAAACUACUAGUCCAGCAACUUUGGCGGCACAAUUUGGACUGGGACGAACCGAUCAAUGAUGAAAUGAGUGAAAAAUGGAACGAGCUAAGACAAGCAUUACCUCAACUGAUGGAGAUAAAAAUUCCUCGCCAAGUGACCUUCUCCGAAGCAGCCUGUUACGAAAUUCACGGAUUUGCCGAUGCUUCCAACGCUGCAUAUGGAGCUUGCCUAUACAUCCGAAGUUUGUAUCCUGGGGGUUUAGCUAAAUCGCGAUUAUUAUGCAGUAAAUCGAAAGUUGCACCGCUCCACGCUCUGACAAUUCCACGCAAGGAAUUAUGCGCCGCUCUGUUGCUAAGUCGCCUCGUUAAAAAGGUAAUUGCCGUACUAGACAUUGACAUUAAGCGCGUUAUCCUAUGGUCCGACAGCCAAAUUGUCCUGGCUUGGUUGAGAAAACAUCCCGAUCGUCUAGAGAUUUUCGUACGGAAUCGAGUUGCUGAAAUCCUCAAUAACACGGAUGAAUUUAAGUGGAGUUACGUUCGUUCAGAAGAAAACCCUGCUGAUGUUGUUUCGCGAGGCCAGGCACCAAUUAUGCUAAUGAAGAACGAGUUAUGGUGGAACGGUCCCCAAUUUCUAGCCCAACCUAUCAUCGAAGCUGAGCCCACAUUGGAGAUUCCUGACGACGACUUACCAGAGUUAAAAUCCAUCUGCCCUAUAAUAUCUGCCGCAAUAAUCGAACAGCAGCUGCCGGUUUUCAGAAAAUACAGCUGUUUUAGGAAACUUCAACGAGUUAUUGCUUGGAUGUUACGGUUCAAGAAUAACGCACGCAGAAACGGCGAACGGAUUCUAUCUACACAUUUAACCGUCAAAGAACUUCGACAGUCUAUGCUGGUGAUAGUACGUGUGAUCCAGCAAGUGGAACUAGCCGACGAAAUUAAUCGUUUGGAGUCGCAGCAACAAUGCAAACGCUUAAGUUCUCUCAACCCUUUUUACAUCGAAGGAGUGCUACGAGUCGGUGGAAGACUAAAGCAUUCCAAGCUUCCUGAAAUAUCAAAGCAUCAGAUUAUCUUACCCAACACAGGUUCGGUUACGAAACUGCUUAUAUGGACUAUGCAUCAGGAGUUACUCCAUAUAGGUAUAGCUGGAUUGAUAUCAGCAAUCAGACAACGCUUUUGGUUAUUGAAUGCCCGAUCAACUGUGCGACACGUCAUCCGGUCCUGCAUAAAGUGCUUCCGAACAAGGCCAAUUGGAUUCUCUCAGCUAAUGGGUGAGUUACCUAGACAACGAGUCACACCGUCUCCUCCAUUUUCCAUUACGGGUGUGGAUUACGCCGGGCCCAUCAAUGUCAAGCAAGGCUCACAUCGACCAAAGAUAAUAAAAGCAUAUAUCGCUGUUUUUGUUUGCAUGGCAACAAAAGCUGUGCACAUAGAAUUGGUUUCAAACAUGACGACGGAAGCUUUCAUCGCAGCACUACAACGUUUUAUCAGUCGGAGAGGGAUGGUUGCUGAAAUACACUCCGACAACGGAACUAAUUUUAUUGGUGCAAACCGCGAGCUUCAACAAUUAUACAAAGUUUUCCAAAAUCAACAAGGAAUCGAUCGUCUGAAAGAGUUUUGUCACUCAAAGGAAAUGGAAUGGCAUUUUAUUCCUCCGGAUGCACCCGAAUUUGGUGGCUUGUGGGAAGCGGCCGUAAAGAGCACCAAAACCCAUUUAAAACGAGUUAUUGGCAAUAUGACUUUGACUUUCGAAGAGAUGUCUACAAUCCUGUGUGAGAUCGAAGCUAUACUUAAUUCUCGCCCGCUAUUUGCUAUAUCGAACGAUCCGACCGACCCAGAAGUGAUUACUCCAGGUCAUUUUCUCAUUGGUCGUCCUCUCAUCGCUGUGCCCGAACCAACAUUUAGUGAGAAUGUGAAAAUCAAUCGUCUACGCCGUUGGCAACACAUCCAACUGAUGCGUCAUCAUUUUUGGACAGCGUGGUCCAGAGAUUAUUUAGCCACUCUUCAGCCCCGCAAAAAAAAUUGGAACACCAUCGACAACGUGAAACCUGGUAUGAUUGUUCUAUUACACGAAAGAAACAGUCCAGCGCUGCAAUGGAAACUUGCUCGUGUGACAAAGGUAUUUGCAGGCGCGGACAACCUGGUUCGUGUCGUAGAUAUUCUUUGUGACGGAAAAACUUAUCGACGUUCAGUAUCAAAAUUAUCCGUGCUACCAAUCGAAGAGAACCAACACCUACUCGAGCUGGAGAAACGCGGAAUCUGA